CAGGUCUUUUCCCCGCUUGUGGAAUCAAUCCGUCAUCUCUAUCUUCAGGAUGGAUGUAGACUUAAUUACUGCAUGGAGAAUCUCGGUUUCUGUGGGUGGCCCAUUGCAACGUCCGCUGAACACCCCGCAUACCGAAAAAAAAAAAAAAAAUUGAAUUUUUAGGAGGUGCCUAACUGGCGGGCCUGUUGGAGUAUCCAUCAGACUGUGCAUCAAUUGUCGAAUUGACAGUGACAGCAAACGCGGCGCCUGACCGCGUCGUCGGCAUCCGGCCGUCAAAUUGCCAACGCAUGGAGAGAGACAAAACGGUGGACUUUUGCAAUUGAGUGCCAAGAGGUGCAGGCUCGGCAACAUAUCACAGCUUCGUUUCCGAAGAUACACGCAUAAACGGCAGCCGCCCGUCGAGGAAUGUCGAGUCCUGCAUGCUUGCUUGCUUGACCUGCCUUUUUGUUGAUACGCCCGCCCUACUACUACCUGCCUACCACUCUAAGUCGCGCUGAUCACAGCCGAUCACGCGCGCACGCUUACGCCUCCAGUACUAUACUUAACGCCACGAACCGAUACCCUCCUCGAUUCUACACCCCCGCCUCCAAUCGACAGGGACUUUCUAGCCAAGCUCGACCCCUCGCAGCCUCGCAAAAAUCAGCCGCAUACGGACGACUCCCUCAUAUCUCGCCGAGCUGAGCCAUACGUCUGCAGCCCAGCACACAUCGCGCCAUUGGCGACCGCGGCAACCUGUCCGGUCUUCCUGGCCCUUGAAGGGUGGUAUUCUGGUGUUUACAACUAUUCCUCUCGGCCGCUGCGCAGUAAAUCCAACCAGGGCCCGGCAGGCUUGCCCGCGUGCUGAUCGUGCGCUCAGAAGAGGCAAGACCCACGGGUAACUGCAGUUGAACGCCGUCCUAUCACGCCCCGCGGUCCGCCCUCGCAAGUGAACCUACCUACUCUACAACCCUUAGAGAGUGACCUCGUCAUCGGCCGCCCCAGCCUGCUGUCGUCCCCUCCCGACCCGAGGUUGUCUAUCUUUAGCCGCCAGUCUGGAAAUACUAAGAUACCUACCUUACGACAAAACCUUGACCAUCGGUAUAACAUAUCAUCGAUUCUUCGACGUGCGAGGCGGUUACACAGGAUCUCAACUGGGACUGGACCGCGAGCCAAUCCAGGAGAGUAGCGAGGACAGGCUUGCCUCGAACUCUCGAACAAUAUACCCCUGUCCAGAGGGAGAAGGGGCCAACCAAAGUUCCAUAUUAUCUUUUUUUUCUUGUUUUCUUUUCUUUUUGGACUUCCUCUGCUUUGCAAGGUUGCAUAUCGCGCUGUCACGGUACUCCGACUAACCGGGACGCUGGGCCUACCACCUGAAUUGGGGCUGCGUGCCCUCACGCAUGCUCAUCGGCAUCUACCUAAUUCUUCUGGAUGUCACCUUAAUUUGGACCGUGUGAUAAGGGAUUGGCAACACUGCAUGCGUAUUCAGGGAUAUCUUUUUUUGUUUUUGGUUUUGUGUGCCUCGUUCAGGUUGAAUCGCAUACAUCAUUUCCGCCGCAGCGUCGUGUCAGUCGGCCGAGCGAUUGGAGGCACCUAGUCGCUGCCUAGGUGCAGUACUCGACCGCAUCCCAACAUCUUUUGCGACGUGGGCGCGAGAUAUUUCGUGACCGGUCUGUCCAGGCGCAAAAAAAGGUGUGGUUUCGCAAAUCUACCAGCCAGUCAUAUUUCAUCAGGCCGCAAACCAGGUGUGAGAGUACCACCCACCCAGGGCCUGCACCCAUACCAGACCCUGCGCGCUAUCCACUGCCACGAGGCUGCUCAUAUAUACGUCUACACGCAUAUAUAUAGAGAGGCCUGUCGAACCUGGGACAACAUGGCGGACGAUCCUGAGCCCCACGAAGGUGAAGUCUCGGAUGGCAUGUCUGAGUACGACGAGCACGAUUCUCACCAUAAAGACGAAGACGACAAGAUGAUUGACCACAAGAUGUCCCCCGAUGCCAGCCAGGAGGGCGCCGCAGAGGUCAAGAAGAAGUACGACCCCAAGGACCCACAUCGGCCGAGGCGAAAGAAGGCCCGGAGAGCUUGUUACGCCUGUCAAAGGGCCCACCUUACAUGUGGCGACGAGCGCCCUUGUCAGAGAUGUAUAAAACGUGGCCUCGCUGAGGCUUGUCAAGACGGUGUGAGAAAGAAGGCCAAGUAUCUUCACGAUGCACCUCCUGAAGCACUUGGUCCUGUCCUUGGACCAAACUUCAACAACAACAACAAUGCCCAACCGCGGACUCACCCUCAUAGGCAAUCUGCCAGCGUGGCCUCUGAAGCAUCGUCAUCAAAUGUUAGGUCGACCUACUUCUCUCAACCAAGUGCCUCUUCAACUUAUGGGGUCUUUUCCCCGACAAGUCAGGUCACAACUCUUCCUGAGAGCAUUCCUUAUGCAGCUCAGCAGUCUCCUGUAUCUCCCACAUUUCAAAGCCACCCUUCCGCGCAGAUGGGUGGUUUAACAGUUCCACAAGUAUCUGGUGACAUAUCCAAUUUCUCUUCUGCAUUCUUCGAUCCCAGUAACCCGGCAAUCUUCAAUUUCAAUCUAGAGGGGCUGAACUUUGGAAGUCAGUAUGGUGCCAUGGAAUUUAGUAUGCUAGGUCACAUGUCUUCUGGUGCUGCAGAAACGCCGCCCAGGGAUCCAUCCAUCUCGGCGCCCGGUGGUGGCGACAUGACGUUUGGCCCCGGAAUGUUCAACAACGGCGUCGGCUAUGACAAGCUGUACGAAGGGAACAAUGGGCUAGGCGGCCUUCUCGGGCUGGAUCAGUCAAACGGUCCCUAUACUCAAGGCAACCUGAGCCACGGGCUACCGCACGCCUACGCUAUUGCUGCUGGUCCUAGCAGCCUUCAGAGCCCAAGCACUGAAAAUAACAGCCCGCAGCCAGCAGUCAACUUGGAUGGCUCCCCAACACCUGUUAAUUACACAGGAUCUGGGAACAACUCGACCACACAAGCCUCUAACUCUGCGGCAGCGGCGCGACCAAAAGCGAACCCCACGCCCGGCAUAACCGCGAGGCUGAACAAGGAGGCCGCUCUUGGGAAGCGACACCGGGACUCGUCCCAAAUCUAUGAGAACGUCAAAGAACCAUACAUGUACGUUCGAGCCUUCCACAGACUCAUUGCCUUGCUCCAACGGCGGUUGUCGGCGGGUAAAAUUUCUCGUGUGGCCAAGUCUCUGGCGAGCAUACGGCCGUCCUUCAUAGCUUGCACACGCACCCUGAGCAGGGCGGAUCUCAUAUUUAUGGAGAAGUCCUUACAGCGCGCGCUGUUUGAGUAUGAAGACUUUCUGCAUCAGUCUUCCUCCCCUGCGCUGAUCUGUCGGCGCACAGGUGAGGUGGUGGCAGUGAACAAGGAGUUCACUGCGUUGACGGGAUGGAGGAAGAAUAUACUUCUUGGCAAAGAGCCCAAUCUAAACUUGAAUACAGGCACCAGUAUAGGGAGCACAUCGGAGCCAGCAAGUGGGCCGGGGACUGGUCGCGGUGGUCUCUCGACGCCUCGCCUGCGGGCCGGGAACUCGUCUGUGGUGGCGUCAGCUACGAAGCCAGACCAGCCAGCCACGACAGUGGACUCAUCGGUAAGAAUUCCGGCAUCAGAUUCUGGACCUGAGCCGCUGUUCAUCGCAGAAAUCAUGGACGACGAUAGCGUUAUCCAGUUCUAUGAGGAUUUCGCCCAGCUGGCCUUCGAAAACAGUCGUGGAAAGGUUACCCGCAAAGGGCGAUUGCUCAAGUAUCGUUCGCCAACCGCUCUUGACGACCCUGGUGUAGGUGGCGCACCGGCCAAGGCCGAGACAAGUCCGCAAGCGGUACCACGCAAGAGUAUAUUGAGCAAUCGCGUCGCCCGCAUCGACGGUGAGCAUGGCAUAUCCAAAAUUGAGCGGGAUGGGAAGGUGGAGUGCUGCUACACGUGGCAUGUACGGAGGGAUACGUUUGAUAUCCCUAUGAUGAUUGUUAUGAACUUCCUUCCCUGUUAUUAUCCCAAUCAAGAGCCGCAUCAGCUGGCGGUCUGAGAGACUAUGUCAUGGGCCAUUUUCACUUCUCUGGACAGAACUGUGCUAUUUCAGACGGUUAUAUCAAGAACUACAUGCCCAGCCAUUCAAGACUUAUUGUGCUAGGCGCAAUUACCUUGUACAUUCAGGCUAUUUUAUUGUUUCAUAUACCUACACUCCCUGAGCUUCUGUCGAUUUUCAUGUCGACCAACUGAAGGACACUGAAGGCUCAUUCUAUUCAUAUUUCCUGGAACAAGUAGCAACAAAGGAUACCCAAGUUUUCUUGUUUUGUUUUAUUUUAUUUUCCUUUCCCCCGCGGGCACGUCCAACACAUAGGGGAUUGUGCGGUGUGCGUUUCAUCGGUCACUCGUACAUAUUAGCGAAUGAAAAAGAUUCGAGCUUUCAUUAUUUUGAGACGCGCCAAGCAUGUUCCUAUAAACUCAACUCAUGCA